UGGUUUGACGACAACCUAACAAGAAAGAUAACAACUUUACGCACAAUUCGAAUCGUAAAACAGUCAAUCGAAGUCAUAAAGAUUCAAAAAAUUAAGAAUUUAAGAAUUUGCUUUGUGUGAAGGUCGAUAAGCAAAAAUUGCCCAACGAAACCGUUAUUAAGACAUAUAAAUCAAUCCACAAUCAUGACAGUCGAAAUAAAAACAAGUCAUUUUUGGCGCGGUACAUUUGGCGAAUUUCUAGGAACUAUGUUUUAUGUCUUUGUUUCAUGUGGAGCGACAUUGUCACAGGAGAAGAAUGUUGCAAUUUCUGAUCAAUCAUGGACUUUUGGUUUAGUAAUGAUGACUAUAGUUCAAUGUGUAGGAUACAGUAGUGGAGGUCACAUAAAUCCUGCAGUAAGUGCAGGAUUUGUAUUCACAGGAAAAAUAACUUGGUUAAGAGCAACAGUUUACAUCAUAGCUCAAAUAACAGGAGGUAUCGCUGGCGCAGGCAUCUUGUACGGGGUGACGCCUAAAAAAUGGAGAGGAAACCUGGGGUUAAAUAUUAAAGAUGACGACAUCAGUGUUGAACAAGCCUUGGGUGUAGAAGCAAUGUUAACAUUUUUGCUUGUGUUGACAGUAUAUUCAGCUUACGAUACAAACAGAAAAAUCAAUGAUUAUGGGCUGAGUCCAAUAUUUAUAGGAGCUGCUUAUAUCUCAGUACAUUUCAUGGGUAUUCGCUAUACAGGAUGUUCUGUCAAUCCAGCACGAUCUUUUGGUCCAGCUGUUAUCAUGAACGAGUUCACGCAUCAAUGGAUAUAUUGGGCUGCUCCUAUGUUAGCAGGAAUUCUUGCUGCUCUGGUCUAUGAAUCUUUACUUCGAACCACCAUUGAUGAACGUGCGUACGAACUUCCUCCACGAGUCUGCAAUUUAAACUGUUGUAGCAUUGCCUCGCAUCGAAACGUUAAAGAAGACGUAAUAAUCGAGGGAAAUUACCCGUCUGGUGGUUUUGCUAGCGCUAAAUAUCGCAAGACAAACUACGAAUUUUAAAAUAAUUCAAUAAGCCAGAGAACAGUUGGAUUGUGAGGAUUUUUUGUCGAAUGUUCUUUAUCAGAAAAAGUUUAUCAGUUUGUUUAAAGUAAAAAUUGCUAUUAGAUAAGGAAUUUGAAACUUGAUUAUUUGCAAUUCCAGUUCUAAAUAAAUCAGUAAAAUGCGAUAUUUAGACUUGCUUUCCCAGGAAAUCCGUCCCACAGUAUCAUCUACCAAGGUGGAUUGCAUCAGGGAACAGUUUGCUCCUCUUAAAGGUGGCGAAUUUCCUGGAUGGACCUUUUCUAAUAUCAAAAUAUUCCACUGGCCACAGGAAAAAAAUAAAGAUAAUGUUAAAAUAUUAGCAAAUAAUUUAAUUUUCAUUUUAGAAAACACCUGACCUAGUUUACAUGCCAUACAAUGACAUACUCUUUUCUUUGAAAUCUUCAUACUUUACUAUAGUUACACCUCAAAAAUUUACAUAAAGUCAAUGAUCCCCAAGUAGCAAGAGAUGUAAUAUAUUACUCCUUAUUGUACCAUACUAGUGGUACUAAAUAAUAUUGUUUUAAAAACAUAUAAAGUAAAAAUCGUAAAAUUUUCAAAAGUGUACCAUGAAAUGAUUUUUUGAGAAUAAUGAAAAAACAUUGACCUCAAUUAAAUUAUCAUAACUUAAA